AUGUACGAAGGAAAAGUGCCAAAUAACACGGUAUCGAGAGGAAAACGCCACGCAGAAAGGACAAAACAGCAGCAGGACUUUAGGUCCAAGCCGACAAGGGAGACACGAGCUGACUACUCCACAAAGAAAUUUAUUUGUCAUCUACCAGUGCAUCGCGAAUACGCAUAUACCGUCAGUCCCAGCACGGGGGAGCCGCUUAUACUUACGAAAGUUACACAAAGCAGACGUGAAAUAAAUCUCUCGGGUGCCGGAGAUACACCCAUAUCCAGGCGAAAGUCUUUCAAAAAAUCACUUAGAGAAUCCUUCAGAAGACUGAGAAAGGGAAGAUCUCAGCGCAGAGCUUCAACAACGGUUAGCGGCACUACUCCACCGCGACCCGCGACCGGAGACGCAAAAGCCAGAAAGGAGUCACCAACCGUGGCGUCGAGUCCUAGUGGCGAUGCCCUUGUGGACGUCAAACCCGUGGAACGGCAAGUCGAGGCACGGCCUGUCGACGAUUCCCUUGGAUCUAUGGUCAGAUGCUUGUACUUUGCUAGAAGUUUCAUCAUCAGUAUGCAAAACACAACACCAACCCUUUGGGCUGGUACAAACAAUGGCACGGUGUACGUAUUCACGCUGGCCAUCCCAGCGGGGGUGCGCCGUGCCGAAGAAGAUAUAAACUGCACUCUGGGGAAGGAAAUUCAGUUAAAGCAUCGAGCUCCGGUCAUCGCCAUUACGAUCCUCGACGGCUCGAACGUGCCUCUACCCGAGCCCUACGAGGCAGAACGUGGUGUCUGUCCAGGACCCGACAUGAGCGCUGCCCAUCGCGUCGUUAUCGCCAGCGAGGAACAAUUCAAAAUCUUCAACCUACCCUCGCUCAAGCCUUUCUGCAAGUAUAAACUCACAGCCCACGAGGGCUCGAGGGUCAGAAAAACGGGCUUUGCCAAAUUUACGUGUCCAGUCGAGCCUUCGGGUCUGCACGAAGAGGUUUGCCUGCUUUGCCUCACGAACCUUGGCGAAUGCCUCGUGCUAGGCAUACCCGAGCUACGACGGCAACUCAAUGCGGCAACAAUCAAGAGGGAAGACAUCAAUGGCAUAUCUUCUUUGACGUUCACAAAGUCUGGUGAAGCAUUCUAUCUUCAUUCGUCGUCCGAACUCCAGCGCAUCUCUCUGUCCGCUUCCAAAGUGACUAGAGCUCACUGUGCUCUGAAUUUGCCACCCAAUGCCAGAUCCAGUCCUGAAACCACGCAAUCGGAACAAAAGCAGCAAGAAACCGGUUCUGCUGCCGAAGCUGAGAAUGAAGCAUCCAAGGACACAGCUGAUACAGAGAAAGAGGCUAGCCAGGUGCAUUCUAAAAGUGUCACUGAAAACGGCAUUGCUGGCUCCA